UCUAGUCCAAUCAGGGGAGCGCGCAGGUGUGCUAAUGAAGCCGCCAGACGAGACUAAACGUCAGUGUGCUCUCUCCUGCUAGCUGCUCAACUCCAGUACCUGGCCGCCCAGCCCACAUAGCUCCUUUUACUUUACUUUAAGUCAUGUUGGUGUUUUCGUGGCUCAUGGGGAUAUUUUGUUGCACUUCAGUAGUGGGUGGUCCGGUUCAGCACUUGGCUUGGUCAGCGGAGGCAACCCCGGUUGUCCGAGACGAAGCCACGCUCUCGUCCUCCUUUGACCUGCCGGUGUUCCGGCACGCAUCACAGCCGCUUGUGGCCAAAGAGUUGCUUCGGCCGGGUCCUCGUCAGAGCUUAAUGCCCGCCGAGUUGACUGCGCUGUUGUUCCCGCAGACCUCGGAGUACCCCAGCACACCACAGGCUCCACGCACACGCCCUGUGGAAGUUUGGUGCGGGUCCAAUGAGAUAUUGGUGCGCGUGGACCGUUUUCAAUUACGCGCGUGGCCACAUCCAGCUCUGUACCGUCUUGGUUCCUGUCCGCCCAACACUGUGACCUCACAAUUCCUCUUUUUCCACUACGCAAUGACCGACUGUGCCGCUGCAUCUCAGGUUGUCGCUGGUGGUCAGUUGGUGUAUUCUCAUGUUCUUCACUACACCCCUCCGCCUCAAGGCUACAUCAUCCGUGUUCUACCACUGAAACUCCCCAUCCAUUGCUUUUACAACAGGUUUCAUUACUCUUACCAAGUUGGCUACACACCUCAAAUUCAGCACACAACCUUCAUGAAGAGUCUCCGAACGAAGCUAAUUUUCAGCCUCACUGUCUGUAACGCUCAAUGGGAGCCCAUCUCUCCUGGCCACUCAUUUUUCCUAGGGGAGCGGGUGAAUUUUGUGGCCCAGAGUGGAAACCUCGUGCCAGGCGAGAGGGUCUUUGUUGACUCGUGCUACGUGACGCCCUCCAAAGACCCAAAUAGCAUGUCUAAAGUGGAUAUCAUCACAAACUUUGGCUGUAUGACAGACAGCCGGAGGGAGGGUAGUUCUUCCUAUUUCUGGUCAAGAAGUGGUAACAUGCUUAAGUUUUCGAUGGAUGCCUUUCUCUUCAGUGAUGUCUCACAGGUGCUGUACCUUCACUGUUCAAUGUCAGUUGGUGUCACCACUUCGCACACCUCCAAGUCUUGUAACUACAACCAAACUAUUGGAAGGUGGGAGGAGCUUGAUGCACCACUGUCAACGUGCUCCUGCUGUGAUUCCGUAUGUAGCGACAUGCAGAACUCUGUGAAGAACAUAGUUAGCAGUCCUGGCUGGCUCAUUCGCCACAAGAAAGAAUCACCGUUUCUAUUGGAGGAUCCAGAAAAAUGGGUGGAUCAGGAAGAACACCGAGAACAAGCAGUUCAAUUUAAAAAACCGGACAGUUUUCAAUCACAGGCAAAGAUAGACCAUGAGAAGAUAAAGUCUUAUGGUGAGAAGACUUCUGUGUUCCAGUAUGGAGACGAACAAAUGAGGCCCCGUACAGCAAUCGGAAUGCCAAGCAACACAGACAACCAGGGAUCAAUUGAAGAGUAUUUGACGAUAAAUGACAGCCACAAGACGGAGCCAACAUCAGAUGACGACAUCGUUAUCUCAAACGGUAGCACGCAAGAUGUGCUUGACAGCGGAGAAGGUGCAUUUUUUGCCAACAAUGAUUCUAUGAAGAACACAACUUUGAUUGCACAAAGCUCCAGAGUUGGUGAUCCUGGUUCAGCUGAAAAAAUUUCCACAGAUUUGAUUCCCAUUGCUGAACUGUGUUCGAACAACGAUAAAAAGAGUUGCCUGGCCAAGGAGGAUGGAGGGAACACAAGUGCUGAGCACACAGAUCCUAUUCGAAACACAGCAUCUAAAACCACUCAACGGGUGCCGAGAGCUGAAGAAGAGUUUGCCAACAGUAAAGCUGAAAACGACUCUUCAGAGUUUAGUAAUGUCAGUCAAUCAGUUGACAGAAAACUAAAAAAGAAACCAGAGCAAGUAGCCUAUUAUGCUGACAGGAAAGGACUUGAUGGAGAUGAAGUGCUUCAAGAUCUUCAGAUCAGAGAAUGGGAAUCAAACUCGUCUGCCAAAUUCAGAGGCUCGGCGUGUGUUGACAGGUCUGAUUGUAAUUCUGGAAUUGAAGGUGAAGUGCUCCAGCAUGGUCAGUUUGCUGUCACACCCAAGACACAAAAAGUUUAAGAUGAAUACGUUGGAGAGCAAGGGGUUUGGGAGUGAUGAUUGACUGAUCAAGUGAGGAUGAAUGCGCAAAUAUCACAGGGAAAUGGGCAUAAUAUUUAAAUGGACUGUCUUUGUAUUUUAUACAUGGACAUCUCUUCUGGGACAGCUAACAGUAGUUUGGUGUUAAGAAUGAAAAAUAAUUUCACCUGUCUUGUAAUUCAGUCAUCUUUUAAUAAAAUUCAUGCAUUAAAAUUCCA